GGCACCCCUCCUUCCCCCCCAAAAGCCUGGCAGGGGUGUCGGGCUGAUAGGCUCGCCCGGAGGAAAGCGCAUUACGUAGGCAAGCGGCUCCGCUCAACUUGCCACCUGCGCCGGGAGAGCUGCCGGGGAAGCGAGAUCCUGCCGGAGCCCCUCGCCCGCCGCUGGCCGCCCACCCGCCCUCCGCCAUGGACUGCUGCAAUGAGGGAGCCUGCACAAAGCUGGACGAGGACAUCCUGGACAUCCCUUUGGACGAUCCUGAUGCCAACGCGGCAGCUGCCAAGAUCCAGGCUAGUUUCCGUGGCCAUAUGACCCGCAAGAAGAUCAAAGGGGGUGAGAUUGAUCGGAAAACCAAGGACGCCGAGUGCGCCAACAGCACCCGCGGCGGCGACCUCCGCAACGGCGACUAGGGGCCACCAGCUGCUCACCGGAAGCCCCUCGCCACCGGCUCCCUCCCACCGCUGCCCGCCGAGGCCCAGGAGCCCCCGCUUCACCCCCUGCCCCCCGCAUGCAUCCCCCGGGGUUCCCCCACAGCCAGGCCCUGCCCCUGGCCCUGGCUGCCCCCCCCCACCCCAGACACCCCCCGCCCCAAUAAACGCCCCUGCCAGAGCCCCGGCCUGUCCUCGGUGCCUUCUGAUGUCACCGGCAGAGGGUGAGGUCACAGCGGGCAGGGGUGGGAGGGCUGUGGGGCAGGUGGUGCCAGCAGUGAUCUCCCAUGUGUGUACAACAUGGUGCAGGCACGCGUGACAUCACUGCCAGGCGUGUGACGUGACAUCAGGGUGUGGUGUGACAUCACUCGUGGGUGGGAGAUGACUCGUGAGGUGCUGGCAUGAGAUGGGUGGUGAUGUCACUACUGGACAAGUGACAGCUGCUGUGGCACCAUGCAGGUGUGUGUGAUGUCACUGCUGGGUGUGUGACGCCAUGCAGGUGUGUGUGAUGUCACUGCUGCAUGUGUGACACCAUGCAGGUGUGUGUGAUGUCACUGCUAGGUGUGCGAUGCCAUGCAGGUGCGUGUGACGUCACUGCUGGGUGUGUGACACCAUGCAGGUGUGUGUGAUGUCACUGCUGGGUGUGUGACACCAUGCUGGUGUUUGUGGUGGCUGGAGUGACAUCAUUCCACUGUGUGUGAUGUCACUAGUAGGUGUGACUGUGGGUGUGACAUCAUAGAGGCACACAUGACAUCACUGCUGCUGUGUGAUGGUGUGACAUCAUGCAGGCACACAUGACAUCCCUGAUGGACAUGUGACAUGCCUGUAUGGCAUCAUCCAGGCAUCAGUCAGAGGCUGUGAUGUCACACACUCAUUGUGGCAUCGUACAUCCUGACACAGGGAGUGACAUCACGGUCACGGGGUGUGACAACACGUGCACCAUGAUGUCACCUCACCCUGAGGAGCUUGGCUGGUGCCCUGUGACAUCACCCUGCCCUAUGACAUCACCCAGAAGGUCGUGGGACAUCCCUCCCCGCCUCGAAAUCCACACAAACUCACCCAAAGCGCCGGUGCUGGGCAGCGCAGCAGCUUUUAAUCAGAAAACCCCUAAAAAA